AUGCAGGCGGAGCACGAAAGCGACUGUUCUUCAUUUUUGCAAUACACUCUGGUUCCUGCUCUGACAACUGUAACCGAAACAUAUGGAGAACAAUCUACUCUUACCCUGGUGGAGACCGAGACUUUGGGUCCUCAGACGGAUGAAGCAACAGCGACACAGCCAGAUGCGUUUUCUUAUACCAUUCGUACACUCGAGCCUGAGACCAUUACAGUCUCCAUCACCCCUUCGGUCAAAACAAUUACUGUCACUGUAACCCCAGAUCCAGAGCAACAAACAAAGUUCAAUACGAAAACUGUUGUCGAGACCGACCGUAGCACUACCACCGAAACUACUUAUUAUAGCAACCUCGCAAGACGUGACAUCGCUGCUGAAACUGGUUCCAUCAUCAAGCCGACCGAUAUCCCAUCUUACGCGAGCGCAUGCGCGGAUCCCGAUCAAUACAGCAGUGCUUGCGCUUGCCUGGGUGUUGAAGUGACUACCAUCGAAGCUACAAGAUCUCCCGAGAUCGUAACUGUUGGUCCCAGACCAGCAACAGAGGUUCUCGUCGUGACUGCUACCAGGCCCGCUGUCACUGUCACCACGACACUCCCUGCCAAGACACAUACACUCACAGUCACUCUCUACUUGCCUGAUGUCACCGAGUCGACAACCCUCGAGGCUAGUACGGCCUCGGUGUCUACCACUGCCGAUCCAGACACCGUCACCAUCACCCAGGAGGCCACCCACGUUGACCGCACCAGCUUGCUUGCAACCGAGACCCGCUCCGUCGGUCCAGUCUGCUCUACUUACGCGGCAACAAAUACAUGCAAAUGCAAAUUUGAGAUCAUUUGUGAGCAAGAGAUCAACCUCGAUGCCAACACGUUCUUCCGCAUGAUAGAUUUCAACACUUUUGUGGGCAGCUUUGAAGAGUGCAUGAGUCGUUGCGACUCCAACCCCAACUGUCAGUUUGGCGAUUUUGCUUCUCUUCCCAAUGGUGGACUUUGCUCGAGUUAUUCUGGAAACCCAGCAUCAUCGGGCCGACAAGGCAGAAGUGGCGCCAAGUAUUUCGAGAAGGAUGGGAACGUCGAGUGUUCUGGCUGCUCUUCAUAG